AUGGUGCGCGAAACUUCGCAGUCGAAUUGUUACGGAUUGAGAAAUCGAAGGCCAAAAAGCGAAGGCAGCAUAAAAUAUUGCAGCAACUGCAAUAAAUGGCCUGAUCGGCUGACGACGACCCCGUCAAAAUCAACGACGGCUCCGGAAAUUUUGUCAACCGUGUCCCUGGCCACACCGACUCCAACAAUGCCGACAUCAUUGGUGACAACAAUGACGACGCUGACGUCGCCGAUGUCGAAAAUAAAACAAGAGGUGCACCGCGCGAUUCAAAAGCAGAAGCAGAGGGAGAAUCGUUACAAAUUUGGACGAACUGCACGGCCCACUCCGUCCGCAUUGCCUGCUGCACUCAAGGAACAUGCUUCGCCAGCACUUGCCGUGUCUACUGUGCCGACGACUUUGCCAUCUUCAACUGUACUGUUUGCGAACGCAAUCACUCCAGCAGGAUACAUAUCGCCUGCCACGGCAGGAUACUUGCCGAUUCCGUCCGCGCCGGUAGGAUACGCACCGAUAUCUUCCGCAUCGGCCCAGCAAGCACCAGCAGGAUACGCACCGGUAUCUUCUGCGCCGGCAGGAUACGUACCGAUUCCGUUCGGGCCGGCGGGAUACGUACCGGCUUCGUCCGGACCGGCGGGGUACAUGCCGGUUUACAAAUAA